AUGUCUGAGGUUGACUAUGAGAAAUUUGCUGAAGUAGAACAGCAGAAAGAUGAAAUGGAUGAUACACACUCAGAACAAGAAGAAACAUUUCUGGUUCCAUCACCUGAGGAUCCUAAGCUAAAUAUCAGUCACCCCUACCAUGAUGUUGUGAGACAUGGCAUCAUCCAGUUUACAGGUGAUGACAAUUCUGGAAGGAAGGUGAUUACCAUCAAUUGCUGCUGCAUGUCCCCAUCCCAUCAGCGCAAUCACACAAGGUUGCUUGAGUACUUAAAGUAUACUCUGGAUCAGUAUGUAGAGAAUUAUUAUGCAGUUGUCUACUUUCACUAUGACCUGAAGAGUCUGAAUAAAAUGUCUCUGAAAUGGCUGCAAACAGCCUACCAGGAAUUUGACAGAAGGUACAAGAAAAACCUUAAAGCACUCUAUGUUGUCCAUCCAACCAACUUCAUAAAGAUUCUGUGGAAUAUCUUUAAACCUCUUAUAAGCCACAAGUUUGGGAAAAAGAUCACCUGCUUGAACUAUUUAGGCGACCUGGGAGAACAUCUCAAAUAUCCCUCAAGAAUUAAAAUUUAAUAUACGUUGCCUCACUUUUUUCUCAGACAUGAUGAAAAUCAUUGGAGGAAACAGAAGGGAUAACUUCCACCUGUGAUUAAGGUUCCUCCACCACAGCCACCUCUGCCUACCCAGCAAUUUGGAGUCAGCCUGCAAUAUAUGAAGGACAAAAACAAAGGCAAACUAGUCCCUCUAAUGAAGGAAAUGAUAUCCUAUCUAAAAAGUAAAGGAUUACAAGUAGAGGGCCUCUUCAGGAAGUCAGCCAGCAUCCAGACUACCAAAGAUGUGCAGAAACUCUACAGUCAGGGUAAGCCUCUGAAUUUUGAUGAUUAUCAGGCUAUUCAUACUCCUGCUGUUAUCCUGAAGACUUUCCUUAGGGAACUCCCUCAGCCAUUGCUAACAUUUGACUGUUUUGAUCAUAUCCUUGAAAUCACCUGUGCAGAUGAUGAUGAUGAUGAUGAUGAUGAUGAUGAUGAUGACGACGACAACUUAUGA